UUAAGGAGAGAAGACCUGGGGAAUAUAAAAAAAUGGGGUAUGAAAUUCUUUUAGAUUAAAAUCCCGAGCUCCUUCUAUCAACACUCAAGAUAAGGAAACCAUCCGCAAAAUGAUCAAGGUUCCUUCCUGCAUCAUCCAAUCCAUGAGCCUCACCAUGCAUUCAUUCUUGUAGUCCAGUAACGAUUGCUGUCGUACAUGGAGAACACAACGUAAUGCAAGCCAUGCAGCAUCAUGGUAAAAAAGAAGUGUGGAAUGUGAAGAUAAGGAAUCCGGGGAGCAUGCUCGCUAGUGGACACCGUGUGAGAGCGAUAAGAAACCCCCGGAACGACACAAUCAGCCUUGAUGCUGGAGUCUCCAAGCCAUCUUUCGAAGCCAUGAACAUGGAGUUAUGAAGAUCGAUAUCGAUAAGCAAUUCGAUUGAGUAAUAAAAAUAAUCAUGAUGGCAGGGCUUGCGUACGUAGAAAAGAGGUAUGAAGCUUUAGUUUUGAUAGCCCUUUAUUGCACGAUUUUUGAGAUGUGACGUCGUCAUGCUGCUAUCUGAUCCAAUCCAGUCCUGAACCAAGGGCAGACUGCUCCAUGGGAAAGGCUAUCGUAUCACCGUCGCGACCUAAUUUUCAUACUGUAUGAUUAAUUUAAUCCCUGAUAGCUUUUAUAUCGCACUGGGAUAUCCCCAUCGACCAAUAAUGCAUAAAGGAGGUUCGUGAAUUCUCAUGUCGUCUUAUCGAUGCAAAUCACUUGAUUAGCUGCGAACGAGGUAGAUAAGUAAAUAUGAAGCUUUCCAGCUUCCGCCGCUUGUCCAUGUCCAGGGUAACGUCGGCUCGAGGAUAUGAAUAGAACUCGAGAUGAUUCGUUUUUAUUUCCAUGACAGAUAAACAUAUGCAUGCUUUGCAAUCACGAGUAAUGGGAUUUGGCUUCCUUGAGGAAAUAGAUGAGGCUAGUGUCGUGAGUGAAUGUCGAUUUGUGUUUCGUAAAUAGGUAAAAUGGUGCAGAAACAAGAACAAGUAAGUGAGUAUGUCAUUCCAGGAGUGGAAAUGGUGAUGCUGGGGAG